UUGGCCACCCCGCACUCUCCAUCCUCAGCCCCACGUGGGACCAGGAGUUUGGGGCCAGUCUGGAGGAUUUUGGCCACCUCCCACCCUCCAUCCUCAGCCCGGCGGGGGCAGGAAGGCGACGCCUCCCCCGGUGCGGGGGGAACCGAAAGCGGCGGCGGCGGCUGCGGCAGCCCCGCGGAGCCAUGGCCGAGCUCCCGGGCGAGGCCUGCUGCCCCAUCUGCCGGGAAUAUUUCCGGGAGCCCGUGUCCAUCCACUGCGGCCACCACUUCUGCCGCCCGUGCAUCGAGCGCUGCUGGGAGUGGCCCACGGCGGAAUUCGCCUGCCCGCGCUGCCGGGACACGGCCCCGCAGCGGAGCCUCCGCCCGAGCCGCGAGCUGGAGCGGGUGCUGGAGAUCGCCCGGCGCCUGAGCCGCGGGGAAGCGCUGGGCGUCGAGGAGGAGGAGGAGGAGGAAGGCUGCCAGAAGCACCGGGAGCCGCUGGAGGUUUUCUGCAAGGAGGACGGAGCUCUGCUGUGCGCGAUCUGCCGCGAGUCGCGGGCGCACCGCGCCCACACCGUGCUGCCGCUGCCGGAGGCCGUGCGGGACUACGAGGAACAAAUCCAGGCGCGGCUGCAAACCCUGAAGGACGCCAGGGACAAACUCCUGCAGUGCCGGGAGGCUGAAAUGAGGAGAAACUGGGAGUAUUUGGAGCAGACCGAGGCCGAGCGGCGGCGGGUCCUGUCCCGCUUCCAGGGGCUGCGCCUCUGCCUGGACGAGCUCUGCGGCCGCCUCCUGGCCCGGCUGCGGCGCCUGGAGAGCGACAUCGCCCAGGAGCAGGAGGAAAAGGUGACGAGCCUGACGGAGGAGAUCUCCCGGCUGGACAGCCGCGUGCAGCAGCUGGAGGAGAAGUGCCGGCAGCCGGCCAGGACCUUCCUGCAGGACAUCAACAGCACCUUGAGCAGCCUCGGGGAUGAAAUCCCGCAGCUGCCCGCGCCGCCUCUCCCCGGGCUGGAAAAGCGAAUCCAACACUUGAGGGAGGAAAACCUUCUGCUGGGGGAGACGCUGAGGAGCUGCCGAGACAGCCUGGCCUUCGAGCUGCCCGAGAAAAUGACGGUGACGCUGGACCCCAGCACUGCCCACCCCCGGCUGCUCGUGGCGCCCGACGGGAGCAGCGUCAGCUGGGAAAGCCCCCGGAACCCUCCUGGGGACGGACCCGACCCCGAACCCGGCACCGACCCCUCCGUGCUGGGCCGCGAGGGCCUCACGGCCGGGAGGCGCUGCUGGGACGUGCAGGUGGCCCCCGCGGGGUCCUGGGCGCUGGGGGUGGCCACGGAGACCCCCGGGAGCGGGGCGGAGACCCCCGGGAGCGGGGCAGAGCCCCUCGGGAGUGGGGCAGAGCCCCCCGGGAGUGGGACAGAGACCCCCGGGAGUGGGGCAGAGACCCUCAGGAGCGGGGCAGAGCCCCCCAGGAGCGGGGCAGAGCCCCCCGGGAGUGGGACAGAGACCCCCGGGAGUGGGGCAGAGACCCUCAGGAGCGGGGCAGAGCCCCCCGGGAGAGGGACGGAGACCCUCAGGAGUGGGGCAGAGCCCCUCAGGAGCGGGACAGAGCCCCCCGGGAGCGGGACAGAGCCCCCCGGGAGUGGGACAGAGCCCCCCGGGAGUGGGGCAGAGCCCCUCAGGAGUGGGGCAGAGACCCUCAGGAGUGGGACAGAGCCCCCCGGGAGCGCCGAGGGGCAGCUCUGGUCCAUGGGGCUGUGCCAGGGCCAGUUCUGGGCGCUCACCUCCCUGGAGCGCAUCCCGCUGUGGCCCCGGCGGGCGCCCAGCAGGGUGAGGGUGGCCCUGGACUACGAGCGCGGCCAGGUGGCUUUUUUCGACGCCGAUGAGAGGAGCCUGAUCUUCGCCUUCCCGGCGGCCUCCUUCGAGGGGCAGAGCGUCCGGCCCUGGUUCCUGGUGUGGGGCGAGGGCUCCCGCCUCUCCCUGUGCCCCUGAGCCGCGCCAGGUCCCGGGGGUCUCCCUCAAUCCCGGCUCUCCCAGGGGGUCUCCAGGCUCCGGGCACCCCCCGGGGGGCUCUCCCUGUGCCCCUGAGCUCCCCGGGUGGGUCCCGAGGGUCUCCCGCAUCCCUCGGGCUCUCCCAGACGCUCCGCAGGCUCCGAGCACCCCUCGGGGGGCUGUCCCUGUGCCCCUGAGCUCCCCGGGUGGGUCCCGGGGGUCUCCCGCACCCCUCGGGCUCUCCCAGGGGCUGUCCAGGCUCCAGGCAUCCCUCGGGGGCUCCCUGUGCCCCUGAGCCGUGCCAGGUCCCGGGGGUUUCCCUCAAUCCCGGCUCUCCCAGGGGGUCUCCAGGCUCCGAGCACCCCUCGGGGGGCUCUCCCUGUGCCCCUGAGCUCCCCGGGGGUGUCCCGGGGGUCUCCCGCACCCCUCGGGUUCUCCCAGGAGCUCCGCAGGCUCCGAGCACCCCUCGGGGGGCUGUCCCUGUGCCCCUGAGCUCCCCGGGUGGAUCCCGAGGGUUUCCCUCAAUCCCGGCUCUCCCAGAGGCUCCGCAGGCUCCGGGAACCCCUCGGGGGGCUGUCCCUGUGCCCCUGAGCUCCCCGGUGUGUCCCGGGGGUUCUCGGCAUUCCCGGCUCUCCCAGGGGGUCUCCAGGCUCCGAGCGCCCCUCGGGGGGCUCUCCCUGUGCCCCUGAGCUCCCCGGGUGGGUCCCGGGGGUCUCCCGCACCCCUCGGGCUCUCCCAGACGCUCCGCAGGCUCCCUCGGGGGGCUGUCCCCGGGUGUCACCCCCAAAUCGGGGGGCUGCAGACGGAGCCGCCUCUGUCCCCCCGCCCCGGUCCCGCUGCUCCCCUCCCCUCUGCCGCCCCGUGAGUAAAAAACCCAAACUUUGCAUUUUUAAUUUCUUCUGUCUGGUGCUCGCUGCUGCUGGGUGUGGGGCUGGAGUUCUGUUUGAUCAAAGAGCAUUUGUUUAAUUUGUUUACUUCAUUUAAUUUGGGCAAUUAAAGCCCAUUCGUUUAA